AUGGAAGUCUCGAUCACUAAUCCACCAUUACUCGGGCAAUAUUUACACGAGGCAAAUUUUCAAUACUCUGAUAGUAUAAGGGAUCAACAUAUACGUUUACUCGAUCUUAAAUUCGGUCAUGACGACGAAAUUAUCUCUCUUGGUAUCGAAACGUACGAGGUCAAUGACCAUCCGCCAUACACUGCACUCUCUUACACAUGGGGAGAUGCAAAAGACACAGCAUCUCUCCUGUGUAACGGAAAAACUAUCGCGGCCACCCGAAAUCUUUACGAGGCUCUAUGGCAAUUUCGAGAAAAUCGCAAAAGAUUAGCCAGACUCAAACCCUAUACUAGAUCCCACAGCCAGACCCUUCUCUUCUGGAUCGAUGCCAUUUGUAUCAACCAGGAAAAUAAUAGAGAAAAGAGCUUUCAAGUGGGCUUGAUGAGAGAAAUUUAUGAAUGGGCUGACCAUGUCUUUGUAUGGUUAGGACCAGCAGAUAAGAGCAGUGAGGUAGCCAUCCGCUGCAUUAACACCGUUGGAUCAAAGGCAGAAUCUUGUGGUUUCGAGGAUGCCCCCGAACUAGGCCUAAAAAUAUGGCAUGAAAUCGAAUUUGUGUCUGGUGGAUAUCAGCGAGUGGUAUCUGCCAACCCAUGGUACGGUAAAGCAAUGAAAAGCCUGUUCGAUUCCAUUAGUGGCAGGAGCAGUCAGAGUAACCUGCUACCCAUUACCGACUUGAGAAACUUCUUUACCAGACCGUGGUGGACAAGGAUAUGGGUUUUGCAAGAAGCUGCUCUCUCCAGGGAUACGCAUUUCAUUUGUGGAGCCGAACGACUGUCAAGGACGCGUUGCAACGCUUUCAUACACAUGUAUGCGGCAUUUUGGAAAGCCAAUGCCACUGCCUUCCAGAGAGAGCAAGCACACUUUACACAAUAUCGCCUCGAUAUUAUGAGGCUUUUAUUUCACCACCCUCCCACCCUCAUGCUAACCAUGCCAAAGAUACACCGCCAUAACGCAUUUCAACUCGUAGCCCUUCUCCGCGCGACGUGUGUCGGCAGCAUAAAUCUUAAACAACACGGCCCUCAUAACCUCCAAGCAACAAGACCAGAGGACAAGAUCUUCGCCUUGCUAGGCCUGGCUGCAGAUCGAGACGAGUUGAAACGUUUUGGCGUCGUCCCAAACUAUGAUAUUCCAUACGAACAAACCUACACUACUACCAUGGUAGCGCUACUCCGACAGGGCCAUAUAUCCCUCCUCUCAAUGUGUCAACCCUCGCAGUCCCCCAACCUUCCCUCCUGGGUCCCAGAUUGGUCUCGCUCAAUAACCGACAUGUUGCAAGACGUGCGCAACGACCACAUGACUCUGUACCCCGAAUUCAGCGCCUCAGGUCCUCCUCCCACAAACACCAAAAACUCAAUCAAAAUAAUCAAAGAAGCUGGAAUCAUAAAACACAUCUCCCUCCACUCCAUUCUCUUCGACGAAAUCCACCAAAUCGGCCACUUCCCCACCCGCACCACCACCACCGACGUUCCCUUCCAGGAAACCUACACCUGGCCAUCCCAAUGGCUCCUCGAAAUCCUCCGCCUUACCUACUGCCCUACCGCUACUACUACUGCCACCCCUAAUAAACCCCGCUACAAACGCUUCCAUGACCGCCUAUCCGCCGCAACACGCACCGCAACAGGCGACGUCGCACGCAACACCCAAGGCGAAUUCGAGCGCGCAGGACCCACGCACCUCAGCGACGCAAUCAUCCUCUUACACCACGGCCUCCAGUUUCUCCGCCCCGGCCGAUGCAAAGUCGAAGCGCGCCGCUUCUUGAGUGCCCAGAAAACGCUAACCAUGACGCUUGCAGAUAGAGUUAGGCAUGAAAUCCCGCUGGCGUUCCAGAUCACGGGACGCAGCUUGGGGCGGGUCCCGUUUGUCACGCGAAGGGGCCAUUUAGGGUUGGGUUCGGAUGAGGUGAGGGUCAGGGAUGCGAUUGCGGUUGUUGAGGGGGCUCAGGUGCCGUUUGUGCUGAGGGCCGUGGGGGGAGGGAGGUAUAGUCUGGUUGGGGAGGCGUAUGUGGAUGGGGUUAUGGAUGGGGAGGUUGUGGCGAGUGAGGGGUUUGGCUAUGUGACGUUGGUAUGA